AUGCAGCGCGGCGGCCGGGAUGGCACGCUUGGCUCAAGGUUCAAGGUUAGGUAUACACCCCAUCUCGGCCGGGCGCGUGGAACUCCCGGCGCCGGAGAGCAGCUUUUGGUUGAUUUGGGGCUAAGGUCACCACGCACAAACACUACCGCCUUGUUCGGCGAACUUAAUGCACGAUCCAUUGAGAUGAGUGUGAGUGAGCCUGAGAGCGGGCAGGCAGAGGUUUAG